CACGUAGUCUAUGGACGGCUCCGACACACGUUUUUCGCAUCCUUUUCCGUUUCGUGUGUUUUCAUUGAAUUCUUCCGAAAAACAAACUACUCCGAAACAAUGGUGAAAGGCGUGGGCGUGUCUCGUGACCUGCAAUGGGUGCUGACCCGCAACUGGUCCUCGUCUCUGAUCAAAGCCCGCGGUAUUAACCGUCGGUUCAGUCGCUCGCCAUUCAACCCCAAAGGCCUGUUUGUGCCCCGAUUUGAGGGACAGUACCAGCAGAAGGCGCUCACCAUUGAGCCCAAUGCCGGUGGGAAAGGCGUGACUCUGGUGUAUAAGAAGCGCCGACACCAACGAAAGCCGGCCAAAGCCGUGGCCCGUAUCGUCUUGAAUAAGGACUCGCGUCGGACGCUGAAGAAUAUUAAGACGUUUUGCAACCGAAACCUCUACAGGACUGACCUGAAGAAUGUAUGUCUGCGUCGGGCGUCGGCUAUACUCCGCAGUCAGAAACCCAAACCAAUUAAGAAGAGCCGGCGGACGGCCGCCCCCAAGAAGGCCGCCGAGUAAGUGGUUCCCCGGAUGUCGAGUGGAUUAGCGAAACGAUGACCACCUUUUGAAUAAUUCAUUUGAUGUUAAUAUCGAUGUUUAAUAUUAAAUAAAAGCCUUUUUUGCGGAAUA